ACAAAACCCAGAAAAAAUCUAUCUUUCUUCUCUCCACUAUAUUACUCCAUUUUCUCAUCCUCAAAUCAUCAUACCAAGAAAAAAAAAACCUAAGACAAAAAAAUCCAUAGACCCAUUAAAUUGCUGUAAACCAAAAAAAAGAAAAGAAAUGGAUUCAAACAGUAACAACACCAUAAAGAGAAAACUUGUCGACCAACUAGUCCAAGGCUACGAAUUCGCUACUCGGCUUCAGCUUCUCCUCUCUCAUCAACACUCUAACCACAGCACCGAUCAGACCCGUAUCGUUUCCGGGUCGGGUUCAGUUCCCGGUGAUCUGGAUCCCGUUGAUGAGCUCCUCGCUAAGAUCUUGGGAUCUUUUCAUAAAACCAUAUCGGUUCUUGAUUCUUCUGAUACCGUCGCCGACCUCUCUGUCCCUAUCGCCGUCGAGGGUUCACGUAAUGCUUCAUGCGGCGAUGAUUCGGCGGCUCCGGCGAGUUGCAACGGUGGAGAUUCCGUCGACAGUAGAAAGAGGCUUGGGGUUAGUAAGGGUAAAAGAGGAUGCUACACUAGAAAGAAGAGAUCGCAUACUUGGACCGUGGAAGCUAGAAGAAUUGAUGCAGACAGAUAUGCUUGGAGGAAGUAUGGGCAAAAGGAGAUUCUUAAUACCAAAUUCCCAAGAAGUUACUUUAGAUGCACACACAAGCCAACACAAGGAUGCAAAGCAACGAAGCAUGUUCAGAAACAGGAACAAUGCCCUGAGAUGUUCCUAAUCACAUACAUUGGCCACCACACAUGCAAUGCUAACGACCAAACACGAGCCAAGACUGAGCCUUUUGAUCACAAAAUAAUGGAUUCGGACAAUACGAUAUUGGCUGAAACCAUUGCUCAGGGCCAUGUCAAUGUUGAGGUACAAGAGCAAGAGAAAAACAUCAGUAGUGUAACGGUGGCAGGCGCAGGGAUGGUUAAGGAAGAAGAGAAUAACAAUGGUGACCAGAAUAAAGACUAUUGUGAGGGUUCUUCGACAGAUGGGGACUUGUCAUUGGUUUGGCAAGACGCGUUGAUGUUUGAUGAUCAUCAACAUCAUCAGAAUCCUUACUAUCAUGGUAAAACUAGUACCAUUGCUCAACAAUUCUCUUUUAUCGACAACGAUCAGCUUUCCUCCUUGUUCGACUCAUAUUGCGCUUAGGAAGAAACAAAGUGCCCUAUAAAAAUCCGAAUCCGGAUUUAGGAAGAAACAAAGUGCCAUAUAAAAAUCCGAAUCCGGAUUGAUGAAUCAUAAUCAGGCUUUGUAAUAUUUUCUCCUUUUCUCUUUGAGUAUGUUUAGUGGCAUGUAAUAUUUUGUUUUGUGUUUUAUAAAACACCAUAUGGCAUA